CGAUUUGACAGGUCAGCUUCGAGCCACUUUUUAGCUUUCUGAGUAGCGUAUUUUCAUUUUAUUUCGUAUUAUCCUUUCAUUUACGCGUAAUAAAUAACAUGUAUGUAGUUGUAACAGUAGUGUGAUUAGUUUAUUAGACUAUUUGUUAGUGCACUUACAGUGUUACAUAAACAGUAGAGGGCUAAUCGUUUCGGCAAUCCCGAUGCAUAUAACUACAUAGUACGUCAGUGAACGAAUGGUGGCAUUAAGAUAAUGGAUGUGGAUGCUCCUAACAUAUUAAAAAGGUGCAGUAGUGCACCGUUAAUAAAUGAGGCAGCCACUACGGCCGCCACAUCUCCUACGACGAACGUAGCUCCCAGGAACACGUCGAUCUUCAGCAUGUUUUCAAACAACAACCUGACGCGCACGCGCAGGCAUAGCGGUACCUUUGGUACUGUCACCUCGCCAAUCAACGUAACUAACUCGUGGGCGCGGAUGGCGCCGCGGGUCAACCAGCUGCGCGCCGAGGAGUGCGCUGACGUUAGCAACACGCGCGAGGUGGCGCACGAGAGGGAAAUACACACCGCCAUGCAAAUGGGCCAAUCUUGUGAGGAUCUGACGCUAGUCGCCGGAUUAGCCAAUUCCCCUACCAGGACACCUAGAUUUUCACCAGUAGUAUCCCCUUCUCCGACGCGGAAGUAUACAACGCGGCGGAGUUUGUCCCCCAUUGCUAUCCGAGCGUCAAGCUUCAGUCCUGUCAGCCGGCCAAACAUGCUGUCCGGCAAGCGACGCUGCGAUGAGGCCGACUCACCACUCUCCAAACGUAUGUGUACCUCAGACAGACUGACACCUUCCACGCCAGGGACCCCAGACUCGGACUCUUUAGAGUGCACAUUCAGACCAGUCUCCCCCAGAGUCCAACCUAUGAACGAGUGCUCACACGAGUCUACAGAUGUCCAGGAAAAUCACAAGUCAACCAAUACUAGCUAAUAGUGUAUUAACUAUUUUAUAACAGAUUUUUUUAAUUGAGACUUUUGCGGGAAUAAUUAUACUAUUAAGACAUCUCUUGCCAACAUCUUCGGACAGUCCAAAACUUUUUAUGACAUUCAAUUUUAUAUUGUUCAAAAUAGUAGCUUUUAUAAAAUUACAAAUAAGUUCUAAUAUUUUCGCAAAAGUUUUCAACUCAAUUCUAGUACUACGGGUUUUAAUGACUUCUCGAUGCUAAGGUAUUUUAUUUUGUAUUUCCAAAGUAUAGCGAGUCAUUAUAAACCCAGUAAUAAUCUUCAUAGGGUUCAAAUUCGUGUAUUUGUUCCAAUACAGUAGCCUACCACGUUGGUUCCUAAUGAACUUGAAAUUAUUUACGUAGUUUUAUAGGAAUGAACUGUAAAGUAAGUCUUGAACGACUCUGGUUUCGUUGCUAAAUUGCAUAUUUUACACACAUUAAAUAAAUUGUUUUAUGUCUUGUAUGAGACUGGCUGGGGUCAAUGACAAGUCAGAUCGAUAGAGUUUAC